AUGAAGGAGCGACGAAACCCGUUCAUGGUGGCCCCGUCGCCCGGGCCAUCGUCGACGCCGGCCACGACCCCGCGCCGACGCCUCAUCUCGAUGGCCCUCUCCGGUGGCGUGCGAACGCGACUCCGCGACUCCUUCUCCUCCCUCUCCGUCUCCUCCUCGCCCUACGCCCCAUCAUCAUCGUCAUCGUCAUCGGCAUCAUCGAACUCCGCCACUUCAUCGCCCCCUCAAUCACCUUUCGCCGCGCCCGCCUCGCCCUACCACCCUUCCACGCGCCGGGCCGCACCCACCACCGAACCCGCCUCGUCAACACCCGACCAAUCCGACGACUAA